GUUUCCAAGCAAAAGAAUUUUAAAUAUGAAGAUAAUCGGUUGUAUUAUAUUGACAUUUUUACUGAUUUGCCUUGUUGACCAGUAAUAUAAACGUUUUUAACCUUAGAAGUUGUUUACACAUCAUCACUUAUUGUAACGUCGAAUAUUGUGUCGUUCAGUUUUUCGGGGUUUUUCGAGAAGAUAAGAGCUUCAUGCAACCAAUUGUUACAAAGUACAGUGCUUCAAUUAUCACAUAAUUUCAUUGUACAUGUGAAGUAAAACCAGAAAAUUUGUGUAUCGUCUUCUGAACAUAAAAUCAAUGUAUGCAACAUAAUAUACGUAAAACAAAAUGGCAAAUCUACAAGUGAUAUUAAAAUGCGCACUAAUAUUGAUUAUCGCAACAGCUUUCUCUAACAGUCAAUAUUAUUUGCCGGAAGAAUUCAAUUUCAAUGAUAAAAAUGUACUUAAUCCCUUUCCAAUACACUACGACGUCGAACUGACACUCCAAGAGAUUGACAAUACAUCAAAUAAUUACUUUAAUGUCUCUGGCAACGUCUCUAUCACUUUUAAAAUCAUCAAACCGAUCAUAAGCUUCGAAAUAAAUAUAGCACAAUCAAUAAAUGUACACACUAGCAGCAUGGUUAUGAAAUCAGGAAUAAAAGAUGACUUUAAUUGGACGACAAAACUCUAUACAAAUGAAUUAUCUUCGUAUCAAGAGUUUGUUUUCACAGAGGUACUUCAACCAGAAAUUUACAUCAUGACAUUGGAAUUUACUGAUGCUGCACAUGAUAAUGAAAAAGGAUUCUUCCGUGUCUCUUACAAGAUGCGUAAAUUCCGACAUGGUCACACUUUACAAUGGUUGAUCGCGACAAAUUCCCAACCAAAUGGGGUCCAUCAAAUGUUUCCCUGUUUUGAACAGCCAGAAGCUAGAGCUACCUUCAAUAUCUCUGUAAAAGUUCAUAAUAGGUACCAAAUUUUAUCAAAUAUGGGAACGCAACAUGACCACUUUGUUUAUCCAGAUGGUAUGCAAAUAAAACAUUUUGCAACCACACCUAGAAUACCUGUUUAUCAAGUGGCAAUCUUAAUAUAUAAUUUUAACUAUAUUAACGAAAUAAAGUAUACACUACAAGACAAAAUAUACAGUAGAAACUCUGAAAUGCAUGUAUAUCAUGCAAAAGAUGUUAUUGGAAAUGUUACAUUUCAUUUACAAAGGAAAUGGGACGAUAUAAAAAAGAAAUGGAAUCCAAUCAUAAAUUAUGCAUUAAUACCUGGUUUUUACUUUGAUAGCGCGGAUGCUUGGAGACUUGUUUUUCUUAGGGAAGCUAAAGUCAUGUACAAUCAUGAAAUAGAUACCUAUGGACGUAAAAUAGAUGUGGCAAAGUUUGUAGCACAAAAAGUAGUGCGCCAAUGGUUAGGUGGUAUAAUCAGCUUCUCUAACUGGUCGACCCUGUGGUUUGACGAUAGUCUGGCUAUAUUUUUCGGAAUAGAUGCCGCUAAUAAGACUUUUCCAGAAUUGCAACUGUGUAAUUUAUUCGUAGUUCAAGAUAUGCAUGAUGCUCUCUAUGUGGAUGUUAAUUCUUAUAUGAAACCUCUUUAUGCAAAAGUCAGCAGUAUUGAAAUUGACACAACUCUCGGCUUUGCUCGUUAUCUUAAAGCACCUGCUUUGAUACGUAUGGCGUAUUAUAUGACGAGCAUGCUGUAUGAUAUAUUUGAAACGGGUGUAAGUAACUAUUUUAACAAAACUUUUUAUGAACCGCCAACACUUGCUGACUUUUGGAACACCAUUCAAAGCGCUAGUGACGAACGCUUCGAUACUUCUUCAAAGUUUAAGAAUAAAACUCUGAAAGUAGUAAUGGAUACUUGGCUAGAGAACAAUUAUCCAAUAAUAAACGUGAAAACAUUUUUAGAAGACGGUAAAGACAUACUUGUAAAAGUAACACAAGAAAAUAGUCAUAAGCAAAAUUGGCACAAAUGGUGGAUACUCAUUACCUGGUUUACGGAUAAUUUGUUAAGUUAUUCCGAUCGUAUUUCACCUUCACUCAGCAAGUGGUUACGCCCAGAAGACGAAAUAAAAACUGUAACUACACUAGAUAGCACGAAUGGUUGGAUCAUCAUCAAUACAAAACGAACUGGAUAUUAUCGCGUUUUUUAUGAUAUCCAAAAUUUGCGAAGAAUUGGAUGGUUUCUGGAAUCAAAUCCUAAGGGUAUUCAUGUUCUCAAUCGAGCUCAAUUAAUCGAUGACGCGUUUUACUUCCUGCUAACAACUAAACUCGCUGCAUCCAGGUUCUUCGAUCUAACAAAAUUUCUUGCACGAGAUACGGAUUAUAUAGCAUGGUAUCCUAUGUUUAAAGCUUUAGAACACAUGUCGCCUACUUUUGCAUUUAAUAGUAACAGAACCUGGGAAUUUAAGAUGCACUUGCUGAACCUCUUAGAAUCAGUUCUUGAUAAAAUAGGAUACGAAGCACAACCGAAUGAGGAUGAACUUACCGAAUGUUUAAGAGAAGAAGCAGCAAAGUGGGCAUGUUUACUUGGUGGUACUGAUUGCAUAGCAAAAGCAAGUGCUAAAUUAGAUUGGCAUCUCCAAAAUCGAGAGGAGAACAAACUUACACCAGGAUGGAAAAAAUGGACGUUCUGUACAGGCGUGAUAACGGGGGACAGUUUGAUUUGGCAUAAUGCGGCCCGCGCAUGGGACGAAGAACGAGAUGAUGCAUUGUUAGAGUACUUAAUGUGCUCUGAAGAUUAUUAUAUCGCCACCCAGUCUUUCAGAACAUUGAACGACGAGAGUAUAAUUAAACAUUCACAACUCAAGGAUAACGUCAUGCAUUAUAUGUAUUUUCUUGCUAAGUAUUCGAAUCACACAAUCAUAAUCGAUGAUAUAUUCGAGGAAAUUUUAGAGAAAAGACCUAGUGCAGUAACUGAGAUUGCUGGAUUAAUUACUAUUAUUAAUAAUAUAUAUACCACGGAUGGACUUGACAAGGUCGAGAAAUAUGCGACGGAUAAAAAAACAGAAGAAGCUCUGCUGUCUAUGAUUUUAAUUAAAAUUGCAACGCGCAAAAGUUAUUUCUCAAAAGUGGAUAAAUAUGCACACAUUAUUACAAAACCAGUGAAUGGUAUGAAUGAUUAAUCAAUCAAAUCGAUAAAACAUGACAACUGCAGUACACGUAUAUAUUUAUUUCCUUAUGUAGUACAAUUAGAUUUUAAUGUUAAAACUUGUAAUAAAUUUGUGCAGUUAUUAGUCAAUAAAAUAUUUGCUAUUAUAAAAUUUUUUCUCCAAAGAUCAAAUUUGAAUAAACCGGAAAAGUGAAAAAGUAAAUUGUAAUCAAGACAUGGUAUUAUACUGAAAUAAAAAGACUAAAAAUUAUAACAAUAAAAUCAAACAAAUUAUAUGAGCACCUCAGAGAUAUACUAUGUUAAGUCAAAUAAUUAA